AUGUACGAUAGUCCACCGCACAUGCCAAAGCUGCGGUACCAUUACCGAAACAGUGCCCUAAAAGGCCUAGGUCUGGCUUUAUCUGUUUCAUCUGUCGUCACUACUUUUGUCACCUAUUACAUGUAUCAGAGAAAGAUUGUCACUGCUCGGAAAUUCUACGAGACCUAUGACCCCGACUUGGAGUGGAAUCGGUUGCUGAAAUCAGGUAUUUUGAAAUCUGUGGACAAGGAUGGGAACUUUAUUGACUUGUUUGACUAA